GAUGGUAUAAUAGAAAGUAGUUGUGAGAAAGUCUUUUGCCAUACAUCAGCAGGUUUCUCACGUCCCGUCAAUUGCUACUUUAGCCAAUAGGAGAGAGGAUUGGUGGGGUCUUCUAGUGCAAUAAGCGGGAUUGCAGACACAAGCUCAUCUAUUGGCUGUGGUUGGCUUGGUGACUGUUUGUGGCUUGCUAAGCGUCAGUUUAACUUUCUGUUUGAAUCGUUGAGCCAUGGAAGACAUCAAAGAAAAGAGAUCGGAAUCCAAAACGAAGCUAAACGAAUCCACUCUUCCUCUUCUGGAGGAUUCGGAGUGCGUUGAAGGUAAGGAAAAAGACAUCGAAUUGAAGUCUGUGGAGAAAGAGGAACCCAAAGACAAGAGUGAAGAUGAAACAGGACAAGUGGAUGGCAAAGAGAUGGAUGGAGAGAAGAAAAUAAGAAAGGAAAAAUCACACAAGAGGAGCAUUUCUUGCGCAGAGACCAUGACAGCUGGCCUUAAUUUGCUAGAUCGAGACGAAAAAAGAGUCAACGACCAUGUUAAUUUGGUGUUUGAAGACGUCUUGGCCGAGAGCGAUGCAGCUCACAGUUUUAAUGGAAGCUGGAAAUCAUCUUAUAUCGUCUUCACAGGAACAAAGCAUUGGGUAUAUCGAGUGUUGACUGCAUUGAUAAGCAUCCCCUUCGCUCUGGUCUGGGGUCUCAUCUUUUCGAUAUUAACUUUAAUCCACGUUUGGUUAAUUACACCAAUGCUCCAAGUUCUUGAACUGGUCUUCUUCCCAGUCAGAAAGGUGUGGAGUGUAAUAAUACGUGGUGUACUAGAUCCCUUGUUUCAAUCAGUGGGAUUGAUGUUUGGAGCUUUUCAAAGAAAUAAUCCUGUGGAAGCAUAAAA